AUCAGUACCUCACUUUUCAAAAGGGGAUUCUGCACGCGCUCUCAAAUACGGAAAUUAAAUUUUCGGGAUCCUCACUCCAAAUGCUACUGCUGAACAAAGAAUAGAAGAAAAGAAAACGCUCGUCAGUCGUAACGCCUCUCUCUUGCCUCCUCUCUGUAUGAUUUCGGCUUGUUUAGGGUUUUGAGUUUUUCUGAUGAUGACGACCUUCUUCUCUGCGGUCUCUCCUUCUCGCACUACUUGCGGUUCUCUCCUUCAUGAAUUGCAGCAAAUUUGGGAUGAAAUUGGGGAGACUGACGGUGAAAGAGACAAAAUGCUCUUGGAACUUGAGCAAGAGUGUCUUGAUAUAUACCGAAGAAAGGUUGAAAUGACUAGAAUGUACAAAGCUGAUUUGCUUCAAUCAUUGGCCAGUGCUGAAGCUGAAAUUGCUAAACUUAUUUCUGCACUUGGAGAAAAUGCUUCCUUUUCACGGGGGAAUGGUACUCUAAAGCAGCAAAUAUCUGCUCUAAAACCAGUACUAGAAGAUUUGAGAUUGAAGAAGGAUGGUAGAAUGAAAGAAUUUUAUGAGACACAGUUGCAGAUUGAUGUGAUUUGUGCAGAAAUAGCAAGCACUGUUGAUUCUAUAAAGUCGAUUGAGCCACAAGUUGAUGAACAAGAUUUAACUGUGAAGAGAUUGGGAGAGGUUAAGUCACACCUGAAGGAUCUUCAGAGUGAAAAGAGCUUGCGAUUACGGAAGGUUAACAGCAACAUUAGCAUGAUCCAUGACCUAUCAGCUGUAAUGUCAAUUGAUUUCUUUAAGAUUGUUAAUGAUGUUCAUCCUGGCCUGACUGCUUCUGCAAAUGGUCAAUCCAAGAGCAUUAGCAAUGACACGAUUGCUAGAUUAACAGCUGUAAUACAGUCACUAAAGCAGGAGAAGCAACAAAGGCUGCGAAAGCUUCAAGAUCUUGGGCGCACACUGCUAGAGCUAUGGAAUCUCAUGGACACACCUAAUGACGAACAAAGAAAAUGGGACCAUGUUAGGAUCUUAAUAUCUUCCACAGUAGAUGAGGUCUCAAGACAUGGGUGCCUUGCUCUUGAAGUUAUUGAGCAGAUUGAGGUUGAAGUAGAGCGAUUGAAUGUUCUCAAAGCCAGUAAGUUGAGAGAAUUAGUUUUAAAGAGGCAAAAUGAGCUGGAAGAAAUCUACAAAGGAGUUCAUAUGGAUGUAGAUAGUGAUGCAGCAAGGCAAAUCCUCAUUAGUCUCAUAGAAUCUGGUAACGUUGAUCUGUCUGAUCUGCUUUUAAGCAUGGAUGAUCAGAUCAGAAAAGCAAAAGAGCAAGCUUUAAGCCGGAAGGAUAUUUUGGACAAGGUAGAGAAAUGGAAAUGUGCAUCUGAAGAAGAAAAGUGGCUUGAUGAAUAUGAAAAGGAUGAAAAUCGAUAUAGUGCAGGAAGAGGAGCACACAAAAAUCUGAAACGUGCAGAAAAGGCACGGGUUCUGGUCAGCAAAAUACCAUCUAUUGUGGAAAAUUUGACUGCAAAAGUGAAAGCGUGGGAGUUGGAGAAAGGAAUCACCUUCUUAUAUGAAAAGGCUCCUAUCUUGAAAACUUUGGACGAAUAUACUGUGCUGAGGCAGGAAAGAGAAGAAGAGAAGCGACGUUCUCGAGAGCAAAAACGUCAGCAAGAACAAUUUGCUGCUGAGCAAGAGGCAAUUUAUGGUUCAAGACCAACAGUAAAGAAGCCUCUGGGGCAAAGCACCAGUGCUAACACCAUAGCCGGAUCACCUCUGGCCCGUCGUGUGGCCACUCCUGGCCGUCAUGCGUUCUCUUCUGGGAAGGAACGCAGAGAAAGCAGGAUGCAUAAUGCAACACCUGUGAACUAUGUCGCUCUUCCAAAGGAUGAUUCAGCCUCUAGAGGUAGCUAGUCUCUGCUCAUGUGCUUUAGAAGUUAAUGUAAAUCAUUCUUCAUUUUUAGGAUGCUUGACGCACUUCUGCUUUCUUUCCUUUUUGGAAAAAUUUUUUUGAUAGCAAUUUACAUGGAUUAGCCCAAAACAAAAUUUAGCUCAAGUGUUAUUCCAAACGAGAAAAUACAAGCCCAAUGGGUUCAGUAGCCAA